UCUAGUGCAGAGCAGAUUUUUAUCCCGCAGACAUGGAUUUCCACGGAUCCAGCACAGUUAUUCUUACUGCUUUUAUCUGUAUUCUUAUUUCUUAUGUUUUGUGGAAAACAAUGUAUAGAAAACGUGGUCUUCCUCCUGGUCCGACCCCUCUACCUCUCAUAGGCAACCUCUUGCAGGUACGGAAGGGCGAUAUGGCAAAGACACUUAUGGAGUUUGGUCAAGAGUACGGACCCGUUUACACGUUUUACUUUGGUCCAAAUCCUGUUGUUGUGUUCUGGGGAUAUGAUGCGGUGAAGGAAGCCCUUGUAGAUCAUGGAGAAGAUUUCAUAGGUCGGGGCAAACAACCAACAGUGGAUCGAGUUUUCCAAGGUUAUGGAUUAAUUACAAGUGAGGGGGAUCGUUGGAGACAGCUACGCAGAUUUUCCUUAUCAACCCUCAGGAAUUUUGGGCUAGGAAAGAGGAGUAUAGAGGAGAGAAUCCAAGAGGAGUGUCAGUUUCUCAUUGAAGAACUAAAGACUUACAAAGAGAAACCAUUUGACCCAGCCAUUAUUAUAUCCAAGGCAGUGUCCAAUGUCAUCAGCUCAGUCGUGUUUGGGCAACGUUUUGAGUAUGAUGAUACAAGAUUUCACCGAAUGCUCGAUAUUUUCUAUGAGACUUUUGAACUCAUGAGUUCUACAUGGGGGCAGAUUCAGAGCAUGGUUCCUAUGAUAAUGAACCACAUUCCAGGGCCUCAUCAGAAAAUAACUACCCUACUGGAGGAACUGAAUGAAUUUGUAGCUGAAAGAGCGAAGAUAAACAAAGAGACACUGGAUCUAGACUCACCUAGAGAUUACAUUGAUUGCUUCCUUAUUAAAAUGCAACAGGAAAAGGAUAAUCCAAACUCUGAAUUCACCUGGAGAAACUUAGUGCUGUCGCUUAACAACUUAUUUUUUGCUGGUGGAGAAACUGUGGCUACGACUUUAAAACAUGGGUUUCUCUUGCUCCUCAAAUAUCCUGACAUACAAGCAAAAGUGUGCAAGGAAAUAGACUCUGUGAUUGGGCAGAACCGUGUCCCGAAUAUUGAAGACCGGAAUAAGAUGCCUUACACAGAAGCAGUAAUCCAUGAGAUACAGAGGUUCAGUAAUGUUAUCCCAAUGAACGCCCCACACUCUGCUACAAAGGAUACUGUUUUUAGAGGAUACACUAUUCCCAAGGGCACUGAUGUCUGUGCUCUCCUGACUUCUGUCCUGGGUGACCCAACGCAUUUCGCUACACCACACAAAUUUAACCCUAGCCACUUCUUAGACAAAGACGGUUGUUUCAAGAGAAAUGAAGCCUUCAUGCCAUUUUCCAUAGGGAAGAGGGCUUGCAUUGGAGAAGGUCUGGCUCGAACUGAGCUAUUUCUCUUCCUCACAAAUAUCCUACAGAACUUUAUCCUCACUUCACAGACAGAAUUCACAGAAGCUGAUAUUGCCCCAAGAAAUACAGGGUUUGCAAAUGUCCCCAUAUCUUAUCAGAUGUCAUUUGUGUCACAUAAGUUGUAACAUCUAAAAUAGUUAGCUGCCCAACUAAUUUAAAUUGCAUGCCACCUAUUUACCUUCCCCAUAAUGCCCUGUAACCAAUAUUUCAGCACCACAGAAAAUGGCUAAAAUUACGGUAUAGCAAACCUAUGUUUAUUUCCUAGUAGUAUAAUUAUUUUAAAUAUAUUUUCUAUUUCAAUAUUUUUUGGGUUUUGUUUCUACAACUUAUUAAAAAUGAUAUUUGUUUA